CUAACUAAACAUGUCCAAAUUCAGACCCACAAGACUCUCUCUGUUUCCCUCUCUUAUCGGACCUUUCACUGUUCUCUUACCAUCAUUCUCCGUGAAUCUCGCUGCUUGAACCUCAAAAAAAGAAGCAGAACUACUCUGUUUUGUUCCUGUAGCUCUGUUUUUAUCAGGAUUUAUCCAUUUUUUUCUUUCUCUUUCUUCUCCAAAGGACAACCAAUGAGCCUAAUGUAAGGAGUUGAAUAACAUAUUGAGUCCAUUUCCCGAUCUGGGUGAUUCUCAGCUUUGGGGAUUGGAGUUCUAUGGGUUGCGUAAGCUCGAAAAAGUCGGUUGCAGGGUCCCCUGUUGUGGACGACUCUGCCGCAAAAGCUUCGACUAAUGACAAUGCAACCUUAAAUUGUGUUAUUCCGUUAAAAAAUCCUUGUGGGGCUCUUGAGAUUGAUGGAAAGGAGGAGGAGGAGAGGCAGGAGGAUCAUCAUGAUAAGGGAAGCCGCGAGUUGAAGAAGUCGAAGAAGGGAAACUCUCAGAGGAAGACUGCUACUUUUGGUAUUAAAUUGGGUUUAUCUCAUAGACAUGUUGAUGUAGAACAGAUUGCAGCCGGUUGGCCAGCAUGGCUCACCGCUGCUGCCCCUGAAGCUGUCCAUGGGUUGGUGCCUAUACGUGCAGAUGCUUUCGAGAAAUUAGAUAAGAUUGGACAAGGUACAUACAGCAGUGUAUUUAGAGCACGUGAAGUUGCAACUGGGAAGAUAGUUGCGUUGAAGAAGGUUCGGUUUGACAAUUUUCAACCUGAGAGCAUUAGGUUUAUGGCACGAGAGAUAAUGAUUCUUCGUAGGCUUGACCAUCCGAACAUCCUUAAAUUGGAGGGGGUGAUCACAUCAAGGUUGUCAAGUACUAUAUACCUUGUAUUUGAAUACAUGGAGCAUGAUUUUGCAGGAUUAUUAAAUGGUGGUAUAAAGUUCACUGAACCUCAGGUACAUUUCAAAGCAUAUGGUAGGCCUUUCUUUUGGUUCUUUUUGCAGAAGCAUAGAGACAUUAAGGUCAACUUUCCUCUGCAGAUUAAAUGUUACAUGAAGCAACUGCUGCAUGCCGUUGAGCAUUGCCAUCUGCGAGGUAUAAUGCAUCGUGACAUCAAAACGUCAAACAUUUUGGUAAACAAUCAAGGGACAUUAAAAUUGGCAGAUUUUGGAUUGGCAAAUAUGCUUUUGAUGAGGAACAAGCAAAAACUAACUAGCCGGGUAGUUACUUUAUGGUAUCGCCCACCUGAACUUCUGAUGGGGUCAACAAAUUAUAAUGUAUCCGUGGAUCUAUGGAGUGUUGGCUGCGUUUUCGCAGAACUCAUCGUUGGAAAGCCUAUUCUUAAAGGGAGAACUGAGGUUGAACAAUUGCACAAAAUCUUUAGGCUUUGUGGUUCUCCACCAGAAGACUACUGGGGAAAAGUUAAGCUUCCUCAUGCGAACAUGUUUAAGCCCCAAAACAACUAUGAAGGUUGUCUUCGAGUACGGUGUAAAGAUUUUCCUGCAUCUGCAGUGAACUUGAUGGAAACUUUUCUUUCCAUAGAUCCCAGCAUGCGCGGGACUGCCUCAUCUGCAUUGAUGUCUGAGUACUUCUUUACUACACCUUAUGCAUGCGAUCCAUCUGAAUUGCCAAUUUAUCCGUCUAAAAAAGAACUCGAUGGUAAACACUGGGAUGAACGAAGGAAAAAGGCACGUGCUCGAUUGCGAGAGUCUGCUGCACUGAAAAGACCGAGAAGAGUUCGUCCAGGCUUGCAAGAACCCAUCAGUUACAAUAAAUUGGCAACAAAAGAGGAUCUGCAGAAUGAUACUCAUGUUAGUAACAGAAAUACUGCUAAUAAUGCACCAUUGUUUAAAGGAAGAGGAAGUUCUGCGCACAGAGAUUCGCUGAAUCCAUCGACUGAUAUAGCAUCGGUGACAUCCGCGGGAGAAGCUGCAUCCCUAGGGGACUCAGUCUUCACAGCUCCACCACCAGUCUCUGCCUCAAGCGGCUUUGCUUGGGCAAAAAGGCGAAAAGACAAUGCUAAAACCAUACUUUCAUCUACAAGUCAAUUAAGCGCAAUAGAUUCUUCAAAUCUCGGCUUUGUAGACAGCGCCUUCGGUAACUCAAUAAAAGAAGCGAAUCAAAAUCAAACAGAACCUAAGAAGAGCAAACUGUAUCAGAAUUCCUCAGUUUCAAUGCCGUUACAGCCAAAGCAGCAUCGUAGUACAGUUUCUUUCGAUGCAUCUGAUGUGUUUCAUUCACAAGAUUAUGAAUUGUCAGUUUCCAGCAAGGAGGACCGAGCUGAUCAUAGAAAGAAUCUGUUGAAAGGAAACGUCAAAUUUUCAGAACCUCAGUUAACCAGGUCGCAAAGAAUUGAUGAACUUCUGCAAAGAAAUGAAAGCAACAUCCUUCUAGCGAAUCGAAGAUCGAGAUUCUACAGAGAGAGAUGAUACUGGGUUCUGGGAUUUGAAAAUCCUCCGCUGUCACUCGAAUUUCGAUGCCGUUCAAGCUCAGGCUCUUGUGAAGAAACAUAUACAGAUAAAAACACAAUGAAAAGCGCAGAUUGUGCCAUUGUUUUGUACUGCAACAAACCAGAGAAUGUUUCCCUUGUUUAUACUUGAAAAUUCUCCAUUAGAAGAAUAGGAGUAGAGCAAACCUCUUGCUGUAAACAAGAUGACCCUUUACAGCUCUUCCCAUCUUUUUUGUCUUUUGAAGAGAAAAAUGAGAAAUUUUUUUUUCAAAACUGCUUGUUUCCACCUCUCUUCUACCAGUUUUUAUCAAUUUGUUGCCUUAUCAAAAUCCCUCCCAUGAACUCAUGAUAAUGUAAAUAAAUAACAAAAUUUACAUCCUUUCUAUAUUUUACUUC